AUGCCAUCCUGUCCUGGAAGCAAAGGUAAAGCUACCAAGAAUCGAACUCGCAGAAUUGCCCGAUGGCUAAUUUUGAUUUUUUCCUGCUGGAUAAAUUUCGGCAACUUUUAUGUAUAUGAUAACCCGUCUUCGCUGAACCGCCAGUUGGAGGCGUGGCUAGGAAUUUCGGACGAAAUUUACGGGUUUCAGUUCAUGUUGUUCUAUUCAGUGUAUUCGAUUCCGAACAUCUCUCUCCCCUUUUUGAUUGGAGGUCUUUUAGAUAUUUACGGUACGAAUGCGCUGCUUCUUAUUCUUUCCGGGCUCGUAUGUCUUGGCCAGGGAAUAUUUGCCAUUGGUGGGCAGCUCAAAAUCCUACCCAUUAUGUUGGUAGGGAGAAUCGUGCUCGGAUUGGGCGGAGAAAGCCUAACCGUCGCCCAAGCUAGGCUGAUUACAUACUGGUUUUCCGGAAGCGAGCUUUGUUUUGCGAUUGGAAUCACCCUUGCCAUGUCACGUGCGGGGCUCGUCUUAAAUAACGUGCUCUCUCCCAUCAUUGAUGAUCUCACAUCACUGCCCACUGCCCUUUGGGCUGGCUUCGGGUUUUGUGCGGCUUGCGUAUGUACGAAUUGCCCCGGUGUGCAACGACCUCGCUUGCUGCUCUCCCGUGGCAAAAUCACCGAGCCCACUGAAACCGCUGGGCAUCAGAGAGCUCUUGACAUCUACUCCAGCCAUUGUCAAAACUUUUCAUCCGGCUUUUUUGUCCUGUGCGGCGCCUGCUUUGCCUUAAAUGGCUCGAUCACUCCAUUUAACAAUACUGCGUCAGACUUUCUGCAGCACAAGUGGUAUUCCGAAUCGCCUUCUACCGCCACCUGGGCAAUGUCUAUUCCAGAUGCCAUGGCUAUUUUUUUGAUUCCCAUUAUCGGCUACAUGAUCGAUCUUUAUGGGUUCAAAGUAGCCUAUCUUAUUGGGAGUGGUUUUGCGCUGGGGCUUGGUCACUUUCUACUGGCAGGAGAUAUCUCAUCCCCUGUGAUUCCGCUGAUAAUCAACGGGUUUGCUUCUUCGUCGGUUGUCGCUAUAUGGCCAUGUAUCCCAUAUCUGGUCCCUGAACUGUAUUGGGCCACGGCAUAUGGAAUCGUAACGGUGUGCAUCAAUGCGUCCUAUAUUUUUGUUCCCAUUUGCGUCGCUAUUCUGGAAAAUAUGGAUAGGUUUUAUGUAUCGGUAGAGCUUUUCUUCGCACUACAGUCGAUUCUUGGGGCAUUUCUGGCAAUUCUCUUUGAUUCUGCACGCAAGCUACCGCCGCCCUCUGCAACACAGUCCACACAGACUUUGGAAAAAAUGCCACGAGCACCAACAUUUUCGGGCCCUCCAGAGUCUUUCCUUGUCUCUCUGGAUGAUGGUGCCAAUAACGAUGGAACCGACGACGAAUCUGAGGGCGAGGAAUGGGGUGGAUACGAUGAGAGUGCUUGCAGCUUUGUUUCUGCACACUCUGCAUCCGGUGUAAUGGCCUCCAAAAUGCCGUCCUCCACACCAGCAUUGUUUCAUCGUCACCAGCUUCUGAGUGACGAGCCUUCUUCGUUUCGUGCUCCCCAGCCUCUCAGGCGCAUCCAUCACAUCAUUAGAUUCAGAGACGACUCCCAGAUUGAAGAAAGGGUAUGCCUCAACGGCAUCUCCCGGAAAAGAGGCAACUCUGUCCUCGGCACAUAG